AUGAAGUCCGCUCUUCUAUCCUUGUUGGCGAUCGCGGCCAACCAGGUUUCAGCACACGCGACCUUUCAGGCUCUGUGGGUUGAUGGAGUAGACUUUGGCGGCCAAUGUGCCCGACUCCCGCUUUCAAACUCACCCGUUCAAGACGUCACUUCCAACGAUGUUCGAUGCAAUGCCAACGGCGGCCCAGUUGCUCGCAAGUGUGUGGUCAAGGCCGGAUCCUCAGUUGUGGUCGAGAUGCAUCAGCAACCCAACGACCGAACAUGCACCCAAGAAGCCAUCGGAGGCGCACACUACGGCCCCGUUCUCGCCUACAUGACCAAGGUUUCCGACGCUACUACCGCCGACGGCUCGACCGGCUGGUUCAAGAUCUACCAAGACGGAUGGUCCGCCGCGGCCGGCAGUGCAAACGGCGACGGCGACAAUUGGGGAUCAAAGGACAUGAACACCUGCUGUGGUAAAGUCCAGGUCAAGAUUCCCUCAGAUAUCCCCGCCGGAGACUACCUCCUUCGCGCCGAGUCCAUCGCCCUGCACGCGGCCGGCUCAAGCGGGGGCGCCCAGCUGUACAUGACUUGCUUCCAACUCACCGUGACUGGCGGAGGAAGUGCUUCCCCCGGCACCGUCUCGUUCCCUGGCGCCUACAAGGCUUCUGAUGCUGGCAUACUUGUCGAUAUCCACAGGGCCCUGACUACCUACGUCGUGCCGGGCCCGACUGUGUACGCCGGAGGCUCGACCAAGAGUGCCGGUGCUGCUUGCGUUGGCUGCGAGUCGACAUGCACCGCUGGCUCUGGACCUACUGGAACCGCAUCGAGCGUGCCACUGCCGACGGCAUCUGGUGGGCUGCCCGGCUGCACUGUUGCCAAGUAUGCUCAGUGUGGUGGCGAAGGGUACACCGGCUGUACCACUUGUGUUUCGGGCUCGACAUGUCAAGCUGUUUCGGCUCCCUACUAUUACCAAUGUGGUUAA